AUCCCAAUUGAAAUCUGUCUGGUCUCCCAAGUCAAUGAGCGACAAUUGCCAGCAGUACUUCCAAUCAGAGUCCAAAGUGCAGUCCAACUUUCUGCCGAACCAUGUUUACCCUGAGUCUUUCAGUAAAGCACAAGGGCAGCCAAUGAACAGAGGUUCUGAAGAGUUCUACCAGCAUUUCAACGGCUUUGAUACCAGUGACCAGCAGUGGCUCCUCUCUUCCUGCAAUGGAGACAUGGACACUAGAUACUCUCUACAGACCCAAGAGCUGCCGAAGCCACCGGGGCUACCACUGCCCAACGUGGGGAACACCUACCGUUCAAACACGAGGCCGAGUAAACACGAGUACAACACAGCUGAGAAGGUUGGAGGGUUCUGUGGGUCUGGGAACGCUCUUUCUGACCACAUGGAUGCUUUUGCACCCUCCUUCUGCCCCCAGAGCAAGAUUAACAGCCAGUGCUUUGACCACUACUAUGAAGAGUUCCCAGGCCAGAUCAGCGCCAAGCCCAGAAGGACCAAGCAUUACACCAUGCAAGAGGUCAACAAGCUGGCCAGCAACUUUCAGACUCUGAUGGUUGGUGAGCAGGACAACGCAUGUGGUAGGGAACCCCAGAACCGGCAGAGUGUGCAGAUGCAGUAUGACAACAUCAUGGCCGAACAGAGGAACUUCUCCAACACCAGGAUGCCUGGGCAAACCACUCAAGCCAUGCAGUUUAAGAAGGAACUAGGAGGGGAGUAUGGAGCCAUGCAGAGGGAGACUGAUGGAGGAAUGAAGAGCGAAGAGCUGCUACAGAGUGACUUUGAUUCCAAAGACUUAUCUGGAUUUGGUCCACAACACGUUGAGUAUUUCCAAAAAACAAAAUCACUCUCAGCAUCUUUCAAUCCUAAAAUUUCUCACCAAAACAAGAUGGCUGUCCAGAAAGGAAGCAACCCCCUCUCUAUGGGCCUGAGUCUGAACCAGUACCAUUAUAGCCAGCAGGACCAGUUGCAGAACAAACUCAAGCAGCAGCAUCAGCAGCCAAUGGGAAACUGUUUAUCCUCUGGGCCAUCCAAGAUGCUGUCCCACUCUGUGUCUGAGUUUGUACCUCAGCACUCCCACCAGAUGCAGAGAGGACCACCACCGUGCAUCCAGGACUACAGUCAGGGGGACGGGCCCAGCCUCCACAGCAGCAGGGCAGGACAGAACCAGGUCAGGAUGGGCAUGGGCGGGCUGAGGAAGGGAGCCAGCGACAGUGACUUUGAGAUGCAGCUGGACAAGAGCAGGAUGCACAUGGCUGGGCUGGUGGCUGAUGGCUGCUCCUCCACUCAGCGCUUGGAUGGGAAGACAAGGCCCCAGACCAGCACUCACAAGACAGGAGAGGGGGACAAGAAGCAGGGGCUCCUGCAGAACCCUUACCUCGACCUACUCGGCAGCAUGUAUGGCUCUCAGAGAUUCGGCGGAGGAAACGGCACAGUCAACGCAGGAAAGAACCCAACCUUUCUGCCUUGCAUGUAUCAGGCUGUGAAUGACCCCAGACAGAACUCCUGCCACAUGUCUCUGAACUCUGCCAGCUUCAACUCCAGAUCCUCCUACCUCUACGGCGGUUCCAUCCCCCCCAUGGACCUGUGUGACCUGCUGCCAGACGGGGARUUUGCAGCUUUCAACCCUUACCUCAAUGACRUKAUGGGCUCCAGYGGAGAGAACCCYUACCCAGGGAUGAUGGGAGGCCUCCGCUCCCCGAGGAUAAUGAGGAACCGGGGAGGACCCAUGAGCCAGCUCCACUYCCACCUGGAGGAGUGCUAUGAGCARUGGAGAGUCCUGGAGAAGGAGAGGAAGAAGACAGAGGACGUCCUUACCAUGAGUUAUCCUGGAAAGCGGAUUUCUGUGGUGACCAGCAGUGCCCUCCCCAAAAUCCCACCUAACCCUUCCAGAGUGGACCGUCUCAUCGUGGACCAGAUCCGAGAACAAGCCAAGACAGAGGGACGUCCUUACCAUGAGUUAUCCUGGAAAGCGGAUUUUCUGUGUGACAGCAGUGCCCUCCCCAAAUUCCCACCUAACCCUUCCAGAGUGGACCGUCUCAUCGGGACCAAGCCAGAGAACAAGCCAAGGUGA